GCUUCAUUCCACCUCCCUAAGUACGCUUCUAAAUUAGACAACGCGAAAAUGUCAAGUGCAGAAAAACGCUGCAAAACAUGCGGAAGAACCCUAGUUAAGUUGUCUAGCUCACAAUAUGAAAUCUGUCCCGUGUGUGAGACAGUCAGCCUGUUUAACAAAAAGCUUAAGGGCCGUGUUCUCAACCGAAUUGAACAAAUUGCCAAUGUAGUAAGAAGUCCAUAUCAAGAAGAUAUUAAAACACUUCCCUCUCAAACAUCAUCACCAUGGUUAUCACGUUUUCCCCAAAUCCGUACCAAUCAGUUAACUCCAACACUUCCGUUGCAAAAAAGGAAGAAGGCUGUUCUAUGUGGUGUGACCUACAAUGGCCACAGAAAGAAACUUGAAGCCAGUGUUCAUAACGUGAGGAGCAUGCAACAACUACUUGUGAACAAACUAGGCUUUCAAAAUGACUCAAUCCGCAUCCUUACAGAAGAGGAAUCAGAUCGCUCAAGGAUUCCAACAAAACGUAACAUACAAGAGGCAUUACGCUGGCUAGUCCAAGGUUGUCAAUCUGGGGACUCGUUGAUGUUCUACUACGCAGGGCAUGCAUGCCAAAUUCCUGAUGAAGAUGGAGAUGAGAUUGAUGGGUAUGAUGAAGCGUUGUGCCCUGUUGACUAUAGAGUGGCGGGAGUGAUACUUGAUGACGAAAUCAAUGCCACCAUUGUAGCACCACUGCCUCAUGGAGUAACACUUCAUAGUGUUAUUGACACUUGCUUCAGUGGAACUGUGCUAGAUCUACCCUUUCUUUGCCAGAUCAACCAGGAUGGACUUUAUAUGUGGGAAGAACACCAACUUACAAAUAAAGGGACUCGUGGUGGCAAAGCAUUGUGUAUUAGUGCCUGUGCAGAUCACCAGAACUCAGCCGAUACAUCGGCUUUCACAGGCAAUGCUAUAGGUGCAUUGACUUUUAGCUUCAUUCAAGCUAUUGAAACCGAAAGCAAAUUGACAUAUGGAAGGUUACUUACCUUCAUGCGCAAAAAAGUCCAUCAUGCUCAACAAGUGGUAGGCCGGUCUGUACCAUUUGCAUCUUCUCUGUCUCAGGAGCCUCAACUAUCAUGUUCAACAAGAUUUGAGAUUUACUCGGAACUUGUUAAGUUGUAAAGAAAAUAUACGUGUAGCCUGGAUUAGCUAGAAAUAAGGAGAAUAAUUUAUGAAAUGUACUAGCAAGUAAUAUAUAGUGGUAUGAACAUUGAAGCUAAUAUGAUUGGGCGUUACUUGGGACACUUCAAAAGUUCUGAGUUUUAAUCAUAUUAUGCAUUACACGAUUAAUUAUUUAGAAUGUAAUAACAAAACCAAGGGAUUGUUCUAAAGUGCUCCUUUGGAUACCUCAAAAGUUCUCCUUUAAUUGGAUACCUUAGAAGUUUUCCUCUUCACACCUUAAAAGUUUUGAGUUUGAUUCUAUUGUGAUUUGCUCCUUGUUUUAAUACAAUCUUAAUUUACUAAGAGCAUACCCAUUGGACAGUUCAAUGGGAGAGUUCAAUGUAUUGACAAAUCUAGUUGUUAUUUAAUGGAUUAAGUUCUAUGGUGACCUUAUGCAUGACCUAACAACGGUAUCAUUCUACACUCAAUGUUACUUUGGCAUAAAUACAUUUGGAGUUCAAUUACCGUUAAAAUCUUAACUAAGAAAAAUAAAAGUUUUCUAAUUCUUAAAUAAAUAUUAUAAAAUUAGCUUUUGUAAUGUCGCAUCCAACUUGGUAACAUUUAAUGUAUUGUAGAAAUUUUUAAUUGAGUUGUGUAAAAUAUAUAAUAAUAAUGUGCCAAUACAUUGAACUUUAUAUAGUUUAAUACAUUGUUGAUGACCUAAAAAAUAAUAGAAAUAUAAGAAAAAAUUAUCAUUUUCCUUUUUUGAAAUACCAAAUACACAAAAACAACCGAAAAUUAAAAAAAAAUAAAAAAAAUAAAAAAAACAUUACUUUCAUUGACUUUGACUCGUGAGGUUGUAACUUAUAUAUAUAUUUGGAUCAAAUAAACAAAAGCUGGAAACAUAUUAGUAGAAUAGGCAUUAACGAGAAACUAUAUAUAUGAAUACUUCCUAAACACUUACAAUAUUUGAUUGUAUGCUAAAAUAGGAUUUAAAAUCCAGUUCUACCGAAUCAUAACAAAUAUUUUAGCUCAAUUGUUUAUCCUAAUUAAGGUAAAAGGAAGC